UAGGUCUUUCAAUUUACAGGUUCAUCGUCGUUCUACCACUCCGACGCGGUGUCCCUAUACUUGGUCGUCCAUCGCAGUCGCAAAGUGUAGGUCUUUGAAGUUGGUUCUGAAUCAUGAUGAUGUUUGCGAAAUAGAAAGUAGCUAAAUUAAAUUUCUGGAAUUUCAAAUCGUGUCCUAAAAUUGAAGAUUGUCUUCUGUUGCUGCUCCCUGUGAAGCGUUGGGUUGGAGCGGAGCUGAUCAUUUAAGAACAUACACGAUGAAGCAGUGUCUCUGAAUAAAUAAGUUUGGCCUGUCUAGAUUUCAAACUCUUCAACUCGUGCAGUUGAUCCUCAAUACGCAUUCUCCUCUUAUAUUAUCCAAACUCUCACUCUCCAACAAUUCCAUUGCAUACUGAUAACUUUCGUCCAUCUCCUGAGGCUGACUUCUCCAGGGUUCAAAAUUUCGAUUAGCACCAUUCAGGACGACAUAAUCACUAUUUUGAGUUUCUGUCUGAAACACGAUCUGGGCCUUGCUGGGGGUGCACUUGAAGCAAAAUAGCGGAAAGCGUAGAGGGAAGCAAUUUCUGUCCCCAGAAUUAGGGGGGUGGGGAGCCCGUCACGUUAUUUCGCGUAAAGUUUCUACCUCAGCUCGACGACAGAAACAACCGACACAUACUUCAGAUAACAUCCGAUAACAAACAGAUGCACAUGUCUGUUGAUGAUCUUAUAGAGCCUGGUGAUUUUGAUAGCUCAGAGGACGAGCCAAGUGAAAAAAUUUACAUUUCUCGACGGAGGAAGGGUCCAUGUGGUCGGUUCGUUGGCGACUCGUCAACAGGGUCAAACAGACGACCCGAAGAGGUUGAUGUGUGGACCGUUACUGGUCCAGUACCUGGUGGACCCGAGGACGACACUGUUAUUCCUAGUUUUCUCGGACAUGUCGCUUCUCGGCUAUGGGAUGGGGCGGACAGAGGCGUGCUGAAGUGUCAGAGUAGACAUGAAGCUUGUCGGAAACUGAGAGAGUGGUAUGAGACGACCUCAGAGGAGGUCAGGGUGCUGAUAGACAGGACUGAGUUAUCACAUCUCCCGGAUAUCAUGUUUGAUCAUUUGGAUAUUCCGCUCCUUUCUGCAUUUGUUGAGCGAUGGCAGCCAGAUACAAACUCUUUUCACCUGCCAUUCGGGGAGAUGACCAUCACAUUACAUGACGUGUGGCAUAUUCUUCGUAUUCCAGUUGGUGGAGCUAUGAUUUCAGGUCAACCGAAUAAGGCUCAGCUGCAGGCUUACUGUAUACAAAUUUUAGGUAUUCUUCCAGAGGAGCUGGUGAGUAAGACGACCAAGCAUUUUGCCCAAGGAGGUGUGUUGAUUGAGUCGAUCAUUGGUUUAUGUAGGUGUGACCGUACUCCAGAGGUGGAGGCGCUAGCCUGGAUCUGGUUGACGUUAGAUUGCACUUUAUUCGUUGAAAAGAGUGGUCAUCGGAUUAGACCUGCAAGCAUAUGGGAGGUGCGGGAUGGAGUCACAGAUGCGAGUACAUUUUCCUGGAGUUCAGCUGCACUUGCUUAUCUAUAUCGCCAGCUUGGAAUUUCAUCGAGAGGAGAUUGCUCGGGUUUGACUGGAUGUUUGACACUGCUGCAGGCAUGGAUUUAUGAGUACUUUCCAUGCUUUCGACCCCAGCGAGAGCGGCUGCUGAUCGAGGCUCAUCUACCUCGAGCUUCUAGUUGGAGUGUUACUGCGUCAGAGUGUUCAGGCAUCCGGCUUCAGGCCUUGCGAGCUCGUUUAGACCAGUUGACUGCUGAGGAGAUCACGUGGCUCCCUUUUGGCGGCGACCCUGUUGCCAGCGUUGAGCAUACUGCAUAUUAUGGCUGGAUAGCAUACCGGGACAUUGUCGAGCCAUACAUGCCUUCUAGGGUGUUGCGACAGCUGGGUUAUGUGCAGACUAUACCUGUGCCAAUUUUUCGGCCAAUGGCGGCUGUUAGGUCCUGGAAUUCAAUCAAAUACUCUGUGGAGAUGGGUGCGACAAUUGCGGUUGACAUGUGGACUGGUUUUCCGACCAUCUCCAAGAUGUCGUUGAUGGGCUUUGAGGCAGCCCAUGUUAUUGCUGGAGGAUGUCAUCCAGCGUACUUGGAGUGGUACGAACGGCAUUCGCAUCUGCGUGUGCUUCCUGACGUAGAACUUCCACGAGCACAUCCUCCUCGCUCCAACAACGAUUAUUGGAUGACGCUGCUGAUUACCGAGUACGAGCAUUUCCUCGAAAAAGUCCGCUCGAUUACCGCCCAGCAUAAACAGCACUGCAAGUUUGAGGGCACUUCGGAGUUGGAGCAGUGUACGGAGGAGGCUAGCGCUACUUUGGAAAGAGUCAUGGUCGCUUGGCGUAGGGCUGACUGAGUGCUAUUAGGAUAUGUUGUAUGUUAAUUUUAUGAGUACGUCUUUUUCUUAUUAUUUACGUUUUAUUUUAUUAGAUGUGAGUUUUCAGACAUUUUAUUAAAUAUUAUGUACGUUUUUUUACUAUGCAAUUUUUCAGACAUUUUAUUAAAUAUUAUGAACAUUUUAAUUUGUUA